UUUUAUUGUGAUUAAUAAGUUGUUUGUUAAAUACAACAAUUACAAUGAAAUACGCAUUAGUUUUUGUGUUUGCAUUUGUGGUGCUGGCAUGCGCCGAUGACCCCCUGGAAACAUUAAAAAAGCAAUUGAUCGCCCGGAUCGAUGCCCUGGAGAAAUUAAUUGCCGCCGAUGUCAAACGCUAUGAAAACACAAAAGCAGCAGGCUCAGGCGAGUUUCAGGACCUAAAAUCGGCACCCGAGACCUUGGAACAGUACCGGGCCGAUAUCACCAAGUACACGCGCAAGGACGAUUUGCUAGUAUACGUGGACCACAUGAACUACAUGGAAAAGUGGGAGACCGAGACCGUGCAACGUCUCGAGAAAAUUAUACACCCACCGACUUUGAUAAAUUAAAUUUAACUAUCAAUGUCAAACAGAAGUGAUUAAUUUUUAAUGAUUGAAAUUUUUCGGAUUCAAAAAUAAAGUUUUAACUCUUUUAAUUAAAUAUAUCAUUAAUGAUAUAAUAAAAAUUGUGACUAAUAAACAUUUAACAAGUAAAUUAAAAAUAAAAUUCAUUAUUAAGCAAUGAACAA